UCCGUGACAUUUUUGAUAAACUUGAGAACUUCCUGUAGAAAGGGGGAAGAAAUUGGAUGGAUCGACGGCGGAGGGACGGCAAAAGCAAGAAUAUUGUUCAUCAAUCUUAACUGGGAACUUCUAUCUUCAAUUCCUUCGCCUCUUUUCAAUUACAAAUUCUUCAAUUUUCGAUUCCAAUUCCCAAUUUCUCUGUGAUGGGUACAGCGGGUAGUGAUGUAGAAGCAGGGUUCGCGAAGCUUCAAGGUGAGGAUUUCGAAUACUAUAUGCAAACUUACUCCAUAAUCCUCGGCCGGAAUUCCAAGAAAUCCACCGUUGACGUUGACCUCUCCAGCCUCGGCGGCGGCAUGAACAUAUCUCGCCACCAUGCUCGUAUCUUCUACGAUUUCACUCGCCGCCGAUUUGCCCUCGAAGUUCUUGGCAAAAAUGGUUGUCUCGUUGAAGGGGUUCUUCAUUUGCCUGGAAACGCCCCAGUCAAGCUCGAUUCUCAAGAUCUUCUUCAGAUUGGGGAUAAGGAGUUCUAUUUCCUGUUGCCGGUGAGGAAUAUUUUGGGUGGUUCGGUUGGGCCGAGGAGCUAUAUGGGUCAUCCUGGAUCGGCGUCGGCAGGUCCUGCCGUCGUUGGGCCAGUGGUGCCGCCCCAUUCGCACUAUAAUUUUCAUUUGGUUGGCUCUGGAGGAGCCGCUGCUGCAGGGGCGAUGGUGAAAAAGGGGCGAGGAAGAGAGUAUUAUGAAGAGGGAUAUGAGGAUGAGGAUGAUAUUGGUGGAAGUAGUGGUAAGAAAUUCAGGCGAGAGGGAUAUGGACCUGGUGGUUCAGGAGGCAAAGCCGGAUUUUCUGGCGGAUUGGUUUCCAUGGACAAGAAGUUAGAUGGAAGAUCAAGAGUUGAUCGAGAAGCUGAUAAUCAGCUUCUCCAGGAAGAAAAGGAUGUGGUGUCAUCAGUAGCUACCGUGCUGUCUGAUCUUUGUGGCCCAGGAGAAUGGAUGCCUAUGGAGAAACUCCACUCUGAGCUGGUUGAGCUUUAUGGCAAUGUUUGGCACCAUAGUCGUGUAAGGAAGUACCUCACGUCAGACGAUUGGCACGGUCCAGAAGCGAAGGAUAAACCUUGGUAUGGCCUGCUUAUGUUGUUGAGAAAAUACCCAGAACACUUUGUGAUUAACACAAGAUCCAAGGGUCGAGUAACACUCGAGUUUGUCUCGCUCGUCUCACUGCUUUCAUAGAGUCAGAAACUAGAAAUAGGGUUUUUCCUUGGAUCUGGGCGUUUUGACAUAACCACAUAUGUAAUGACAUUCUCAUGCUUCACUUGCCAUUCCUCAUCUUUGUCCAACUUGCAGUGAUUUCAUGAAACUCAAUGUAAAUUAUAAUUCCUACUACCAAUCUAAAAUAGCUUUUCGUCUA